AUGAGCAGCAAUGGGCAUAGCAGUAGAGUGCUUCAAUCGCUUGGGUCUCCCCACUCUGGGACAGAGGACGGCAUCGUCCACUUCCAAUCCAUCCCCGAUCAGCGCCGUUCUUUUUCUGUCUCUUUGGACUCCGAAAAGCCACCGUCAAGUCAUACCCCCGCCGCUGGGAGACGCUCGCUUGAUGUGCAAGAACGGAACGGUUAUAUUGUCCUGAACGAAGACGAUUGCUAUGAUCAACUGGGAUUUUGCUUCCCAAGCUGGAAAAAAUGGAUGAUCAUCUCGGUCAUCUUCCUGGUCCAGACCUCGAUGAACUUCAAUACCAGCUUGUAUUCGAAUGCCAUCGUUGGUAUUUCCGAAGAAUUUGGUGUUAGUCUCCAGGCUGCUCGCUGUGGUGCUAUGAUCUACCUAGUGACUUAUGCAUUUGGCUGCGAGCUGUGGGCACCCUGGAGUGAGGAGUUAGGGCGCAAGCCUAUUUUACAACUCAGCAUGCUUCUCACGAAUAUUUGGCAAAUCCCUGUUGCUCUUGCGCCCAAUUUUGCGACUAUUAUGGUGGGGAGGGCAUUUGGUGGUCUCAGUUUGGCCGGCGGCUCAGUCACACUGGGGAUGAUAGCAGACUUGUGGGAGCCAGAGCAUCAGCACUAUGCAGUAGCGUGUGUGGUAUUCUCAUCAGUGGGCGGUUCAGUCCUAGGGCCUCUGAUAGGAGGCUUUGUUGAGGCUUUCCAGCCUUGGCCUUGGGCUAUGUGGAUUCAGUUGAUCUUUGGUGGUUUUGUUCAGAUUUGCCAUCUGCUGCUUGUUCCUGAGACCCGGGCUACUAUCAUGAUCGAUAACUACGCCAAGAAGCAGCGCAAGGCGACUGGCCUUAACGUCUGUGGACCGGAUGAAUUUCAGCCCUUUAAAGAACGUUUUUCUUGGAGUCAAAUCCUUGUCACCUGGAUGCGCCCUUUCAAGAUGCUGGCAACAGAGCCAAUCGUGUUGACCCUGUCUCUACUCAGUGGCUUCAGCGAUGCUCUAAUCUUCAUGUUUAUUCAAUCUUUCAGCCUGGUCUACGAGCAGUGGGGCUUCAGUACUGUUGCUAUAGGCCUUUCCUUUAUCCCGAUCUUAGUGGGCUAUACCAUUGCCUGGCUCAGCAUGUACCCAGUACUGCAUAGGAAUUCCGCCAAGAGAAAGAAGAAUCCUGAUAGUGAACAUGCACAAUAUGAAUCCCGGCUCUGGUGGCUACUCUACACUGCCCCGUGUCUCCCCAUUGGCCUGAUUGGCUUUGCGUGGACGAGUCUAGGGCCCCCAAUCCACUGGAUAGGAACCAUGGUGUUCGCAGCUAUCGUUGGUAUUGCGAACUAUACCAUUUACAUGACCACCAUCGACUACAUGAUCUGCGCCUACGGUCCUUAUUCUGCUUCCGCCACCGGUGGAAAUGGCUUCUCAAGAGACAUACUCGCAGGUGCUCUCACUGUGCCGGCCACACCAUUCUUCAGCAAUAUCGGUGCUCCGGAUCGUAAUCUCGAAUACGCAUCUACCAUCCUCUUCUGUAUCUCAUGUCUCCUCGUGGUCUCCGUCUAUGUUAUCUAUUGGAAGGGACCGGUGAUGCGCAAAAGAUCACCAUUCGCCCAGCAACUGUCCGAUGCUCGGAAGCAAAGUGCCAGCCGGCGCGCUUCCGCGGCCUACUCCAGAUCGGCGCCCCAGUCGCGCAGGCCAAGUGCUAGAGCAGACACUGGUGUUGUGGAUUGA